AUACACUUAUUGCAUUUUAGAAAGGCAUUGCAGCGUUAGUUCUGUGCUUCAGUGAAAGGUGUAUUACUAGUUAUAUAUCAGUCAAUGUGCAUCAGUAGCGCGAAAUUUGCCGUCUGUACAAUUUUAAGUGCUUUGCUUUACAAUUCUGAAUAUUGUUAGAAAACAAAAAUUCAUGCAAUAUGAUUUAACAACGUUGAUUACGAAGGACAAAAUACUUUUCUAUGGCAUACCUUGGUAUUAUCUUUCAAUAACACGACGGCUAUCAUUUUGAAGGAAUUUAAUAACAAAGAAAAUUUGAAAAAACAUGGAGGAAUCUCAGGCGAACAGUACCAUAAAUGGGAUUUACCAGAAAGAGUUAUCCCACACCUUAAUAUUUUACGUAAAUGGUAACGAGGUAAUCGAUGCUGAUGUUAAUCCCGAAUGGACGUUGCUCUAUUAUCUUCGUAACAAACUGUAUUUAUGUGGUACAAAACUUGGUUGUGCAGAAGGUGGAUGCGGUGCGUGCACCGUUAUGGUAUCGAGAUAUGAUCGUCAGGCAGAAAAAGUCAUUCAUUUGGCUGUGAAUGCAUGCCUGACACCAGUAUGCGCUAUGCACGGCCUGGCUGUUACUACUGUAGAAGGUAUUGGUAGCGUAAGAACAAAAUUACAUCCUGUUCAGGAGAGAAUCGCAAAGGCGCAUGGAUCACAGUGCGGUUUUUGUACGCCUGGCAUUGUCAUGUCGAUGUACGCGUUAUUGAGAUCAAUCCCAAAGCCAACAAUGGAGAACAUAGAGAUUGCUUUUCAAGGAAAUCUAUGCAGAUGCACUGGCUACAGACCCAUUAUCGAAGGCUUCAAGACGUUUACAGAAGAGUGGGAACAGUCGCAACUGCUUUCUCAUGUAGCAAAGGGAACAUCCUGUAACGAAGUUAAAACAUGCGCGAUGGGCGAUGCUUGCUGUAAAAAAGCUUUCACCUCUGAACCCACAGAGGUUUUUAAUUCUAAAGAAUUUCGACCGUACGAUUCUACUCAGGAACCUAUAUUUCCGCCGAAAUUGAAGAUUUCCUCUAAACUGGAUGAACAGUGCUUGGUAUUCAACGGGAAGAAAGUUACUUGGUACAGACCAGUUACCCUCAAGGAGUUGCUUGUUUUAAAGAAAAAGUACCACAGUGCUAAAAUAAUUGUUGGUAACACAGAAGUUGGAGUCGAGGUGAAGUUUAAGCACUUAUUAUAUCCCGUUUUGAUACAACCAACUCAAAUAAAAGAAAUGCGUGAGAUAUCAGUGACCCACGAAACAAUAAGAAUUGGUGCCAGUGUAACUUUGAUGGAACUUGAGGAAGCUUUAAAACACCAGAUCAAAGCGCAGCCUGAAUACAAAACAAGAAUCUUCACUCAAAUAGUAAACAUGUUGCAUUGGUUUGCUGGAAAGCAAAUACGAAAUGUCGCGGCUGUCGGAGGCAACAUAAUGACCGGAAGUCCUAUAUCGGAUUUAAAUCCAAUUUUCAUGGCUGCAGGCAUAAAAUUGAAUCUGUGCAGUCUCGACCGAGGACAUAGGACAGUUCCAAUGGACCACACAUUUUUUGUGGGCUAUAGACGUAACGUGGUUUUGCCUGAUGAGAUUUUAGUCUCCAUUGAAAUUCCUUAUGGGAUCGAGGGCCAAUACUUUGUGGCAUACAAGCAAGCUAAAAGACGUGACGAUGAUAUUGCUAUUGUUAAUAUGGCACUGAAUGUGUUUUUCGAAUUGGGAACAAAUGAAAUUCGAGAUGCCUACAUGGCAUUCGGUGGUAUGGCUCCUACGACUAAGCUGGCAAGAGAUACUUGCAGCUAUAUGAUCGGGAGGAAAUGGGAUGAGAGUAUGGUAGAAUCUGUCUAUGACUCGUUAAUAAAAGAACUUCCGCUGUCUGGUGAUGCUCCAGGUGGAAUGGUUCAAUAUCGUCGAUCACUGACUCUCAGUUUGUUCUUCAAAGGUUUCAUACUCAUUGCGCAAGAGCUAAGAAAAGUCUUGCCAGAUAUUCCUCCAUUGCCCAAAGAAUUGGAGAAUGCUGGAGAGGGAUUUCACUACAGAAUUCCACACAGUUCACAGUAUUAUGAAGUGAUUUGCAAGGAUCAGCCUCCUACGGAUUUAAUAGGAAGGCCUAUUGUACACGCAAGUGCCUUUAAACAAGCCACUGGAGAAGCUGUGUACUGUGAUGACAUGCCUCAUAUCACUGGUGAAUUAUAUUUGGCUCUCGUCAUUUCAACAAAAGCUCAUGCUAAGAUUAUUAAAGUUGACGCAGCAGAAGCUCUUGCCAUGGAUGGUGUUGUAGCAUUUUACAGCGCUGAAGACAUUCCUGAUGAUAGAAGAUGGAUUGGUCCGAUUUUCCACGACGAAGUGUUGUUCGUUUCAGAAAAGGUUACGAGCCAGGGACAAAGUAUUGGAGCAAUAGUAGCCAUUGAUCAAGCAACUGCGCAAGAAGCUGCAAGAAAAGUUCGGGUUGAAUAUGAAGAAUUACAACCUAUUAUCGUUUCUAUCGAAGACGCAAUUAAGCAUAACUCGUUCUUUCCGGGCUGCCCUAAGCGAAUACAGAAAGGUGAUGCCAAGAAGGCAUUUAGUGAAGUUGAUCAUGUUUUGGAAGGUGAGGUACGAAUGGGCGGACAAGAACAUUUUUAUUUAGAAACUCAUGCAGCCAUCGCUGUACCAAGGGAAGAAGAUGAGUUGGAAGUAUUUUCUUCGACUCAACAUCCAUCAGAGAUUCAAAAAUUAAUUGCCUUUACUCUUGGCGUGCCAAUUAAUAGAAUUAAUACUCGCGUCAAACGUAUGGGCGGUGGAUUUGGCGGUAAGGAAUCUCGAGGGAUGUUGGUAGCAUUACCCGUUGCUUUGGCGGCUUACAGGUUGCGAAAGCCAGUACGUUGUAUGCUGGAUAGGGAUGAAGAUAUGUUGAUUUCUGGCACAAGACAUCCAUUUUACUAUAAGUACAAAGUAGGCUUUAACAAUGAUGGGUACAUUAAGGUUGUUGAAGUUCACAUUUAUAAUAACUGUGGAUAUUCAAUGGAUCUCUCAGGAUCGGUAUUAGAGAGGGCUAUGUUUCAUUUUGAAAACUCUUAUAAAGUACCAGUGUCAAAUGUUUUUGGAUAUUUAUGCAAAACAAAUCUACCAUCAAAUACUGCAUUCCGAGGAUUUGGUGGUCCGCAAGGAAUGUUCAUCGGAGAAAAUAUUAUUAGACAUGUAGCCCAUUAUCUUGGAAUGGAAGUAGCUAAGGUAUCUGAAUUAAACUUAUAUAAAGAAGGAGAUGUAACACACUACAAUCAAAUUCUUACACACUGUACAUUGAAUCGUUGUUGGAAAGAAUGUCUCGCAAUGGCCAACUAUGAAGCCAGGAUGGAAACUAUUCGCGAGUACAAUAGAGAACACAGAUAUAGAAAAAGAGGCAUGGCUGUUAUCCCAACGAAAUUUGGAAUUGCGUUUACUGCAAAGUUUUUAAAUCAAGCAGGUGCACUUGUUCAUAUAUACACUGAUGGUUCGGUUUUAAUGUCUCAUGGUGGUACAGAAAUGGGACAAGGGUUACAUACUAAAAUGAUUCAAGUUGCGAGUAGGAUUUUCAAAGUCAAUCCAAGUAAAAUUCAUAUUGCUGAAACAGCUACUGAUAAGGUACCAAAUACUUCAGCCACAGCUGCCAGCGCAGGUUCAGAUCUGAAUGGUAUGGCUGUGAUGAACGCAUGUAAUGAGAUUAUGAAGCGUUUGCAACCAAUUAUUAAAGAAGAUCCUCAUGGAACUUGGGAACAGUGGAUACACAAAGCUUAUUUUGAAAGGAUCAGUCUCUCUGCAACAGGAUUUUAUAGUACUCCUGAUAUUGGCUAUUCUUUUGAAACAAAUUCAGGAGAUCCGUUUAACUAUUUUACAUAUGGAGUAGCAUGCACUGAGGUUGAAAUUGAUUGUCUUACCGGAGACCACCAGGUACUGAGAACAGAUAUUGUAAUGGACUUAGGAGAAAGUCUUAACCCUGCCAUUGACAUUGGUCAAGUCGAGGGUGGAUUCAUUCAAGGAUAUGGUCUUUUUACACUGGAGGAAUUGAUAUAUUCACCUACUGGAACUUUGUACAGCAGAGGUCCUGGAGCUUACAAAUUACCUGGAUUUACAGAUAUCCCACAGGAAUUUAACGUGUCCUUACUGAAGGGAGCUCCUAAUCCUAGAGCAGUGUAUUCCUCUAAGGCUGUUGGAGAACCACCACUAUUUCUAGCAUCAUCAGCUUUCUUUGCCAUUAAAGAAGCAAUUCAGGCAGCAAGAAAAGAUAUGAAUGUUAAUGAUUACUUCAGAUUAGAUUCCCCAGCAACCGCUGCCCGAAUUCGGAUGGCAUGCAGCGAUCACAUGGUGAAAAAGCUUGGUAACUCUGAUGGAAAAUUACCUUGGAACAUUCCUGCGUAAUAAAACGACAUUUCUGAGUUUACUUUUUCAAAUGGAAUGAUCAUACCAAGAAUUAUAGCAUAAACGAUUACUCAAUAACUAACGGUAUUUCAGAAAUUAUAUUCUGAAUAUACCAUUUGCUAAUCAUUUUGGUAUCGUUAUAAUUAUUUGUGCGAGCAAUUACAUUUAUUGAGAAAUGUCACAGUGUUAUUAACCAAGACAAUCGAGUGAGUGUCAUUACAUACUUCCUUAUCAGUGUGUUUUAUAUUCAUAAAAAUUAAAUAUAUAAGGAAAAUUGAAACUUACGUGCUACAGUGGAUUGCAAUGAACAAUAAACGAUGAAAAAAGUAUAAUUAAA